AGUUUCUUUUAACUCGUUCACGUCGUUGGUUGUCGGUCGGCUGUCGCUUGUGAUUUUUGUAUGUGGUGCUCCACGCAGCCGCGCAUCGUCGCUAUACGAAGGUGGCUCGCUCGGUACCACAUUGGGACACUGGGAGAUAAUAUAGGAAUAACAGAGCAACCCAUAUGAUAUUCUGACACGAUUUCGUGCAGAUCUCCAGAGCUGCGAAACUGCAAUAUGUCUUUUUUAUGUGCAAAGCCGUCAAACAUUUAUGCAACGCAAGCAGAAACAAUAUCAUCGGGAAAGGAAUCAACUUUGGUCACAGUUUAAAGUGCUCGGGUGAGCCAGGGCUGGGACACUGAGAGGCAGCCACAGCCAUGCCCAUUUGCAAGAGCUCGGGGGCGACGGCUAGCAAGAAGGCCCCCACAGACAUAUCCGCCGACCAUGUGACGGAGGCGGCCCAGGUGAAACGCACCCGGGAACAGGCAUACUUCAACUCCUACGACUUUGAUGCAAUCGAGGUGCUGCCCUACGACGAGGACGGGGACGGGGACGAUGGCGAUGCGGCUAGCAGAAGCAGCGGCCGCUACUCGGUGCCACAUGAACCCUUGGGAGCCCCCAAGUUUGCCUAUCUGCAACGCCUGGGAGCGUUCUUCGGACGACCCGGCGGUGCAGCACCAGUCGGUGGAGCAGUAGCAGAGGCAACGACGGCAGCAGCGGGCGGCAUCGCCACAGGAUUAGUGGCGUCCGCCAGCAACGAUAACUUUCUGCUGCCGCGCGCCAUGCUCAAGUAUCAGAGUGCGGCGACAACUUCAAUGCCAUUGACGACGCUCUCGAAGAAUGGAAUUGGGACUGGAACUGGGACUGGAAUGGGGAAUGGCAUCGGCCACGACAAUCCCCACAAGAUGACAGUGUCGGCGGCGGGAGUGGAGCGCAGCAAGAAGUGCUCGAUUGCCUCCAAUGUCAGCAGCACGCCUUCCACGGACUCUGGACUCCCAGCAUCUGCAGCAGCAGCAAAAUCCGCGACAUCUGCAACAUCCACAGCUGCAGGCGUAGCAGCAGCCGCAGCUGUUGGCGGCGGUGGCUCGCACUACUCGACGGACAAAAGCGGCUCAUCCGGUUAUUACAGCUCCAAUGUGUGCUCCACUUACUCGCUGGACGAGCACAUCUAUUGCGAACCGGUCAUAGACAUCCUAGGCACUGCCGGAGAGGAGCAGGCGAAGAUGCAGAGUGUGGCAGCCAGACAGCGACUGCGGCCGCAGCUUCAGCUACCGAGGAAAGUGGCCGCCAAAGACACAGCAGCUCCAUUGCCACUGCCACUGCCACCAAUUGGUGGUGCUGCUGCUGCCACUGCAGCAUCGGAUAAGUUGUCCACAGUGAAGAGUCAGCGCUUGGACAUGCAAGAUGCAGCCACCGGAGCUGGCAUCGAAGAUUUUCAUUCAGCGGGAGUCAACGACCUGCAGCAGACGGCGGAGGAGGAGAUGGUGGUGGAGGGGCUGCCGCAGUACAGCGAUAAGUUGCGCAUCCUGGAGACGAGCAUCGAGAAUCUGGAUCGCCACCUAAAGACCUUUCCCCGCCUGUUUGCCCAGGAGCAGAGUGUUUCCUUCUUGCACUCACCCGCUGCCACAUCCCUGGCUCUGCCCCAGCUCCAAAUGGACAUAAGCGAAAAGCUGAGGGUCUACAACCAACUGCCGACCAUCAUGGAGCAGCAGCAGCAGCAGCAGCUGGUGGACGAUUCUCUGCUGGACAUCGAUCUGGACGCCUUUCUGCUCGAUCCGAAGCCCCAAUCGCAGUCCCAGUCCCAGGCGCAUCCCAAGACCAAGUCGGGAAGGGUGGGAAUCGACAAUCCGAGCUUCCUCAGCGACGAGCAGCUGGAGGAGAACAACUACAAGUGUGCCAAAUACAUCAACUCCUGCCCGGAGGAUGCCUACCGCGUGGAGAGCGAGGCAGCGGCUGGCCACGCCCCUCGCGCCAUCGAGGAGAGAUUUGUGAAGCGCUACGAGGACCAGGUACACUUCCAGAGCACUCGCGAACUCCUCGAAGAUGUGCGAGACAAGAUACGCCUCCUAUCCCGUGCCACGCCCUCGCCCUCGGCCACGCCUGCACCCGCGCGCACACCCCCGCCAGACAUACCCAAGGAGCUGGAGGGCAUGAUUCACACGCUCAAGCAGGAGCUGGAGUCCUACCUGCAGCGCAUGAACCAACACAGCGAACAGGAUCUGCGCCAACUGUGCAGCGGCCUGGGCCGGCAGCAGCACGUCGUCCGCCUGCAAAACGCCCUGGAGCGAAGGCGCAGCUGUGCCGAUCUGCUGCACCUGAACGCCUACGAGGCAGUCCACGACGGUGUCCUGAUCUCGACCAGCGGCCGGCCGCUCAGCGUCCGCGAGCAGACCAUGACCAUCCGCUGUGCCAGCGAUCCCAACUUCAAAAUGAAGCGAAAGUCCAUCACGGAGAUCUUCCCCACAGCCGAGUGCUACAUCGAGACCACAACUCUCUCUCGCAGUGCCACGCCCACGCCCGCCUCGACACCACAGCUGGAGCUGGAGGCGCUGCAUCCCCCGUCGCUGCCCGGCACCAUGGUGGUGACCCAAAUGCAACGCAAUCUCACCUUCCACAAGCCCAUACUCUCCGGAGCCGGCUCGAGCGGAUCUGCCAGCCAGGAGGACGCUCUGGGCGGUGGCUCUGGGGCCGGCAAGGGCGAGCGAGACACUUUCGCCGAGUGGCAUCGAAAGAAGCCAAGCAUCUGGGAGAUGUACUAUGGCACCAAUCGCCUGCAUCAGUCCCUGCUCGGCAAACAGCGGAACGGAGGCGAACUAGUCAUCAGCAGUCCCCAGCCCACGCUGUCCUACCCAUCCUCACGACCCGAGUCGGACUUUACGCUCGAUCUGCCGCGCGCUGAGCAACUGCGAUUGAAAAUGGAAAAGGAGAAGAAAUUCCGCCAAAGAUGUCGCUUCAUCACCACAUUUCUAAGUCUGGUCUUUUUUCUGCUGACCGUCAUGGUCGUCAGCUUGGUGUUGACCCGCGGCAAACGCAUGUUCGGCAGCAUGAUCUGAUGAUGUGUACAUAUAGUAUAUUGUAAACGAACUAAUUACAGUGCCAACAAAAAACAAAUGUAACAAAUGUUAGCGAAACUCAAAUUUAAUGUUAGUAAUAAGCUUUCUUCCUGUUCUGGCAGGACAGCCGCAGUAUUGUUAAUAAAUUAUUUAUGUGAUCUUAGUUGUUUAAGCCGCGAGUGCAUUUCUUUCUGUAAGUAAACAAAGCUGUCUGUCAACUGCGUGCGUGUAUGUUUGUAUGUACGAUCCAACAAUCAGCGUUUUUCACAUUUACCAUUAAGCUAAUAGAAUUCGUAAAAGUCUUAAGUCUAAUUUUGCGUCUACGAGUCUUAUGAGAGUGUCGAGAAUAAACCGAAUACCACAACCGA